UUUUUGUUUCUAUGAAAGGUGAAGAUGUUACGAGUUUAAUAUGAAAAUGAACAAUUGUAUAAUGCCAAUUGCUAAUCGCAAGUUUUAUUUUUCUCGUUGUUUUUUUAUUUGACUGACUAGUCACUGUUCCAGGACGGAGCCCAAAAAUUGAUCUAGUAAAUGUUUUAAGUCAUGCUGACGUCACGCAAUUCUUCACCGGUCUCAUCAACCUCAAUCCCAGGCUCUCUCUUUUGCCUCCAUUGUUGUUAAGGAGUGAGACCCUGUGUGGUUACGGCUGGUCACGUGAUCCUGGUCACCAGGCAAAGGAGAGAGAGCCUGGGAACAAGGUUACAGUCAUAUUGUCAUAUGCAGUUAUCAAGAUAGCGUUCAAAUCCACAUACCGGGAAACAGAGAGAAUUAAAUCAUGUUCAUGAUUUCGAUUGCGUUGCACCUUUAAUUCAAACUACAACGGCAACGACAACAGGGCAGUCGCGUUGUCGUACCGCUCAAUACGAUACGAUGUGAUACAUUUUAGUCACGCAACGCUUUCGAGUGUAGCCUACGUAGCAGGCGUUCCCGUACGAAGAGCUUUUCCGCAUUCUGGCGGCGCGUGAAUUGGAACGAGAGCAAAAACUCGUCGAAGCAGGGGCUCAUCGAUUUUUGCUCUCGUUCCAGUUUACGCGCGGCCAGAAUGCGGAGGUACGGGAAUGCUACCAUACCUUACCAUACCAUAGUGGUCAACACAAUCAGUUCGACAUAAGCGCGGCGCAUGAUGCAGUCACCUCCGCAGCCGUUAUUAGGGUCGUCACGCAAAGCGUUGCGUGACGACCCUAAUAACAGCUGCGGAGGAGACUACGCAUGAUUGGAAGUUAGAUGUAGAAUAGAUAGGCACUGCGGCCUACUGGAAACCAGAAACCGCCCCAAGAUUUCUUUGAAAAUCCAGAAAACUGCAAUAACAAUCGCUACGUCUAAGAACUAGGCCCGCGAAUAACCGAUUGUCUUAUCGCUUAAACGCGAAGACCAACCACUGAUAAAGGAAUUAGGAAUUAAGACCGAAAACCGCAUCAUACACCUAAACCGAAAACCGGCAUGAGUGCAAAAACCGAAAAACCGGUCUCAAAAAUGACCAAGACCGAAAACCCCAAUCUCAAAAACAAAACAAAACUAUGAACUGACAAAAUUCUGCGUAGAUUAAAUGAAUUUUUAAUUCUAAAUUCUAACAAGUUUCGUGAAUAAAAUAUAAAUUCAUUUUAAGUUGAAGCUGUCCUUGUCGUCGGCUACCCAGGUUGAGAAUCAUGUUUAUUUCCAAUUUCUUACCACUGGAAAAACAGAGCUCGGCCAGACCCGCUGUCUUCAUCCCUUUCCCCCUUCUGAAUUAGAGCAGGCCUGGAAUUUUUUUCGCUGGUCGACUCAUGGCCAUGGAGCAAUAUUCGCGAUAAAUUAAAAUCUUAUUUUGUUAUUUUGUAUUUAUAAUUACAGAUGGAGAGAUGAAUAUUAAUGUAAAAUAAUAAGUGAAGCUAAAAAAUAUGUUCACUAAGAGCUAAAUGUAAGUGAGAGGGGUGAUUAAAAAUAGAAAACCCCUUGAAAACUUGCUGGACGGUCUGUUGGUAUCCGGUUUACAGUAACAUACUGACUUAAUUGAGUUACACUGUAUCGUGAAUAAAUUCCGAAAAAAUGCGAAAACUGAGCUGAGCGAGAAUAAUAACAUCGCCUCCAUGCUGUGCAGUACAUUCAGAAUUAUAUCCAUUUUUUUUUUUUUACUAAUUGACAGUAAUUUGCAACUUUUGUGGUCCGGGCAUUUAUCGAGCAGUCUUCCUGUAGGAAGCAACCACGACGCCCUGCUGAUAAUAACGGCUUCAAUUGCUUCGUUCCACCUGCUGCAAACGACUCAAUUCUGUGAGUGUUAAAGUGUUUUCAUGACAGGAAACCAACUGGAGCUGUUAUUGGUAUAACUCUUUAGUUUAAGGACACCAUGGGACAACGAAGGCAAAGCGAGAAAACGAAACCAUUCUCUAAACAUUGGCUCAUGAGUGAUGCGGUUUUGCUUGUAGAAAAUGAAACGUUUCACGUCCAUCGGAGUAUUCUAGCGUCAUGUUCUCAGGUGUUUGAGGACAUAUUCAUCACCAAGAAUGCAGAUGCGAUUUCUUUGCCCGGUAAAAAGGCAGACGAUGUGAGGGAAAUGCUUUUUGCAAUCUACCCUCAUGUAUGGAAAGACAUCUCCGACGAAAAUUGCGUGUGCUUAAUCGAACUGGCGCACGAAUACAAAAUUCAAAGCUUAUUGGAAAGGUGCGAGAAUUAUUUGAAAAACAGGAAGAAUUCUGCAGAGGAAGCACUACAUCUCAUCCUGCUGUCUCAAAUGUUUCAUUUGAGCGAAGAUUUUAUUCAAUUGUGCAUGGAAGUUGCCAAACGAAUUCCACCGUGUUCCCUGGAGGCGAGCGAUGUCUUUGGCAAGCUAAAUCCGUUAAUUGCUCGAGAACUUCUCAAAGAAAGCGUUGAUUACUGGGAAAAGCAGAGAGCACAAUCUCACAUUUUCAACGCGUCUAUGCAGAAAGCCAUUCUGUAUCUUCAAGCAAAAGAGUUGCUGCGGGAGCACAGAAAGCAACGCUUAUCUCAAUUACGAUUUGAAUUGACUCAGAAAAGGGCGUUUAAAUCUCGAAAACGCGUUUAUUAGCAGACUUCAAGAAUAGCUUUUCGACAUCCAGGACAUUUCGCGAUUUCGCUCUCAGUGAACUUAAAAACAAUUGUUUGCCCUGCCGGCUUUUCUUCCUUCUGCGAUUAUUUUUUUGCUUUACCCAAAAUAACGAAGGGGGGCUGUUGUUUAUGUUUUCCGCGUGAUUGGCAAGGUGCGCGCGAGAAAAAAAAUUUCUUGUCUCAAGCCGGGGAGUGUGUUGACAGAUUAUGAUGUUCGCCGUGUGCAAAAUCCAGAAGUGAGGUUGGAAGACCUGGACAGCGUCUCCCUGAACAAGGUGAAAGCCGUGAGCGUGGUAUGUUAAAUCAGCUAAAUUCUGGAAUGUUCUUGACUUGCAAUACAAGCGUUAAUGUUAACUGCAAGAAUGAUUACUGUAAUCCUGGAAGAUAAUAAACAUUUGUUCAAGUACUGCAUUCUUUUGCAAAUAUUUCUAAACACACGUAUUUGGAUAUCCUAACACAUGUGUUUGGAUAUCUAAUCACGCGUGUUUAAAUCUGUUCUUUAAGGAUAUCAAGGGACAUCCAUGUGACCCAAAUGAGGCCACACAAUUGGUCAAUUACCUCAUCCAUAAUUAAUGAGUUUGAGAAGUAUAUUUACUGCACACCGAUUUUAUAUGCAUGAAUGAACCGCGCGCACUGCAAACUAAUUUACGAAUGGAGUGGCAGCACCGAAAUCCAAGGGUUCACAUCAUAUCCUUGUUGGAUUACUUUCAGACAAAAAUGUUUAGCAACCUAUGGAGGUUGAUUACUCAUUAUUUCUUUGUCAAAAGUCAAAAGUACGCGCAACUGCGAAAAACAAGAUAGACACCCCAAAAG